AUGUUGGGCAAGAUUGUUCUCGAGGAGGCCUAUGAGCGUGCCGGUAAGGAGGAAAAGUCCAAGGCCGAAGCUGCCUUGUACAUUGCCCCCGAGGACCGCGCCCGCUAUAUGCGCCAGAUCCACGACAUCAACGGCGAGCGUGUUCGUCUGUCCAACGCCCACGGCAUUGGCUACACUAUUAUCUCUCUGACAGUCCCCGGUAUCCAGGGCAUCUCCGACAAGGCCUUGGCGGAGAAGACUGCCUUCGAGACCAACAACUGGGCCGCCGAGCAGAUCAAGAACAACCGUGACCGCAUGGGUGCUUUCGCCUGUCUCUCCAUGCACGACCCUAAGCAAGCCGGUCAGGAGCUGCGCCGCUGUGUUCAGGAGCUUGGAUUCCAUGGUGCUCUCCUUUGCGACUUCCAGCAUGCCGGUCCCAAUGGUGAGACCUACCUGUUUUACGACCAGCCCGCCUACGACGAGUUUUGGAAGGUCCUUACCGAGUUGGAUGCCCCCCUCUAUAUCCACCCUGCUGCUCCUUCUGAUGUUGUUCUGGAUAAGCUAUACGCCCAGCGUCAGAACUUGAUCGGACCCCCUCUGUCUUUUGCCAACGGCGUUAACCUGCACACCCUGGGUCUGAUUUCCAACGGAGUCUUUGACCGUUUCCCCACCGCCAAGGUCAUCAUCGGUCACCAGGGCGAACACAUUCCCUUCGACUUCUGGCGUAUCAACCAUUGGUUCGAGGAUGUCAAGCGUCCUAUCGCUGACGAGGAAGGCCGUGUCAUGGCCAAGAAGACCAUUUAUGACUACUUCAAGCACAACAUCUGGAUCACCACUAGUGGACACUUCUCCACUGCUACCCUGAAGUAUGUCGUCAACGAGAUUGGUGCCGAUCGCGUUUUGUUCAGUGUUGACUACCCCUAUGAGACCAUUGAGAAUGGCUGCGGCUGGUGGGAUAAUGACGCCAAGGCCAUUAAGGAAGCUGUCGGUGGUGUCGAUAACUACCGCCUCAUUGGUCGUGACAACGCGAAGAAGCUUCUUAAGCUUGGAUCUUUCCACGACUCCGAAGCUCCUGUCAACUAA